UGGUUUUUGGCUCAGCCUCGGCUUCCGUAGCUCCUGUUUCCGGACUUCGGGUUUGGCACACCGGAAGCGGCGGAAAGAAGGGGCUGAAGUAGCGGCGCUGAGGGGGGCCAAGAUGUUGGUGUUAGUGUUGGGAGACCUUCAUAUCCCGCACCGCUGCAACAGCCUGCCAGCUAAAUUCAAGAAAUUGCUGGUUCCAGGAAAGAUUCAGCACAUUCUCUGCACUGGAAACCUCUGCACGAAGGAGAGCUAUGACUACCUCAAGACCCUGGCUGGUGAUGUCCAUGUAGUUAGAGGGGAUUUUGAUGAGAACUUGAAUUAUCCUGAACAGAAGGUUGUAAGUGUUGGGCAGUUUAAGAUCGGGCUGAUUCAUGGGCACCAGGUCAUCCCUUGGGGGGACGUGGCCAGCCUGGCAUUACUGCAAAGGCAGUUCGAUGUGGACAUCCUCAUUUCAGGGCACACACACAAAUUCGAGGCAUUCGAACAUGAAAACAAGUUCUACAUCAACCCUGGAUCGGCGACAGGAGCCUACAGUGCUUUGGAAAACAACAUCAUUCCUUCGUUUGUGUUGAUGGAUAUCCAGGCAUCCACUGUCGUCACUUAUGUCUAUCAGCUGAUUGGCGAUGACGUGAAAGUAGAAAGAAUCGAGUACAAGAAAUCUUAAAGCAAGUUGCUCAGCCUGGGUCUCCUCUGGUCUCUUUUCUUCUUCUUUUUUUGCAGUAUGCACCCAAAGGUCCACCGUGUUUGCAAAAUUAUUAGCUUACAAAAUGACUCCUCUUACCUUAUUGUAGACCACUAAGUUCACAGUACUUGACUUCUACAAAGUCUGCCUUGGCUUGACUCUUUCCUUUGCCUAAAAAUGGUUCAUGCUUGUAAAUACCGUUCAAAGUGCACAGCGCCGUCCUGUCUGUUCACAUGAACUAUUCCCCGUCUUGUAAUAAACACUCAUUUAACUUUAA